AUUCAAUUUUACGCGUGCAGGUGCUUCUCCGAAGUCGGUAUGUCCGGACUUCGGCAGCUGGUGUCUCUCAACUUCGAAGUCUGUGCCACGUAUGGCACCAUCGUGCACGAACUGUUGCACGUCCUUGGACUCUGGCAUGAACAGUCGCGUGCUGACCGCGACCGAUACGUGCGUGUUGUUUGGAACAACGUUGUACCAAGGUUCAAGGCCAACUUCAUGAAAACCAACAGAGUACCUUACCUGGACGAGGACUACGACUACGAGUCUAUCAUGCACUACUUCUUCAACGCAUUCUCCAAGGACCCCGAGCAGGCCACACUGGUGCCCAAGAACACUGGCGUCGAGCUGUUCAAUUUAGGCCUUGCCUUCAAGGAGAAUCGCAUGACCAAGGUGGACAUUCACAAGCUCAACACCAUCUACCACUGUCCCGCCGACAAGCCUGCGGGUCACGACGAUGCCCACCAUGAAUAAACACACGCUGUGAUAUAGUA